CACCGCUCCCACACGGAGGCGAUGGCGGCAGCGUUGUCGCAGGGUGCGGGCGCGAUGAGGUCGUUCUACGAGCUGUCGGCCAAGACGCUGGGCGGCGAGCUGGUCAACUUCUCACGCUACCGCGGCAAGGUGGUGCUCAUCGAGAACGUGGCGUCCCUCUGAGGCACGACCACCAGGGACUUCACCCAGCUGAACGAGCUGCAGGGCCGCUACGGCGCCCAGGGGCUCGCGGUGCUCGGCUUCCCCUGCAACCAGUUCGGCCACCAGGAGAACUCCCAGAACGAGGAGAUCCUGAACACCCUGAAGUAUGUGCGUCCAGGCAGCGGCUACGAGCCCAACUUCACCAUGUUCGCCAAGUGCGAGGUGAACGGCAAGGAUACGCACCCAGUCUUUGAGUUCAUCAAGGAGAAGCUUCCCCUGCCAUCCGAUGAUCCCGUCUCCUUCCUGCAAGACCCAAAGCACAUCAUUUGGAGCCCGGUUUCACGCUCUGACAUCGCGUGGAAUUUUGAGAAGUUCCUGAUCGGGCCUGACGGGCAGCCUUUCAAGCGCUACAGCAAGAAGUUUCAGACCAUCAACAUUGAGGAAGACCUCAAGUUUCUGCUGAAGCAAGUUAAAUAGCUUGUGGCUAGGUUUACCUUCAUUUUGUACUAGUCGUGUAGGGAUUUUUCAAGCCUCUGGCAGUGUGUGCCCUACUGAAGAUAUUAGAAAUGCCACUUUGUGAAAACUUCCUUCAAAAUUUUAACGAGGGAAGUUUGAGGUCCUGUAGCAGAUCUAAUGUCUCAUGUUCUUGGCAUACCUGAUCCAUACAAGCUUGUCUUCUAUAUGUGCCUAGCAAUAAAUGUAAUGCCGUUGUCUGCA